AUGGAUCACUCGCCACAACAAACAAUGCGACGCAAUAGUGGACUGCAAAAAUCGCGUGCUAUGGAUCACAAUUGUACUACAACUGCAGUGGUGGUCGCCUCCCCAGUUGCCACGAGUCAAAAAUAUCCGCGGUAUUGUCGCUCCCGUUACACCCCUUCCCCCUCCACUGACAUCCAGAUGUCGGCGUUACCAUCACGACGAAAGAAACAGAGAGUCACCUUCUCCCAUGGCAGUGGCCGCAGAACUUGCAGAAGCAUCGAGACGGCGUUGUGUCAACACCAUCCCCUUCCAGAACGGUAUCUGCAAGUUCGCGAGGUGGAAAUAGAUGAAGACUUGAAGGAUGGGGACGCGAGCUCCACCACGGCCACAGACAGCGAUCUAAACUCCGAAAUUGAUGCCUACAGUCGGUUUCUCUUUCCCUGCUGCUUUGUCCUCUACAACUGCGCAUAUUGGGGCUUCUAUUUGAUCAUCUCAGAUCCCGGAUUCAUGACUUAG